AACCCCGAACGAGACAUCGACCGAUUCGAUAACGUCGCGACCAAGUAUCGGAUCGGUGUUGUCCCUAUCUAGGAGACUAUUACGUGGUCUGCGUUUGACAUCUGCGCAUUUCUCACGCUCGUUCGGAGGAAAAAUCAAAACAAUCAAUAUGGCGGACCCGAACAACGAAGCUGCAUCGUCGAGUAGCGUUUCGGAACAGGCCCCCCCGGCCGCUCCAAUUCACGACCUUCUCGAGAAAAUCGAGGACUUCCUGGAGCCUGACAAGAAGCGUCGUAAAGUGUCACGAAACGAUGGAAAAACGGAGCAAAAAUUGGAACACCGCUUGGGCGGCAUCCUCUGCUGCGCAGUUUGUCUCGAUUUACCCAAGGCGGCCGUCUAUCAGUGUACAAAUGGACACUUGAUGUGUGCUGGUUGCUUCACUCAUGUCCUCGCAGAUGCCAGGCUGAGAGAUGAAAUGGCAACAUGUCCCAGCUGCAGAAUCGAGAUCAGCAGAACAUCUCCAUCUCGAAAUCUAGCAGUUGAGAAAGCCGUGUCUGAAUUGCCAGCAGAAUGUCAAUAUUGUGCAAAGGAGUUUCCAAGAAACUCCUUAGAACGCCAUGAAGAGACUAUGUGUGAAGAAAGAAUAUGUAGCUGCAAAUACAGCAGAAUCGGAUGUCCUUGGCGUGGGCCGAAUCACGAACGUCCAGAACAUGAGACACACUGCGUUCAUCCUCAUCGUUCAGGACUAGACGUUAUGGAAGCUCUACGCGAUAUCGAUGCCCGUACACUUGAAGAACGUAGGCUGUAUGACAAUGUCUUUGAUCUUUUGUCCUACGAGAAAAUCACAUUCAACGAUUUACAAAUGAAGCCGUAUCGUACGGACGAGUUUGUUCAUAAACUGUUCUAUGAAACCUCACGUUUCACGGCGUUUAACAAUCAAUGGGUCGUAAAGGCGAGGAUCAAUAACAGUCAGCGUGAUCCUACUCAGAGUUCCGAGAGAGACAUGACUUAUCAAUUGAUCUUGAAAACGAAAACAACGUACCCGCUACCGCUCCAUUAUUUAAUAUUGAAAGGACCUUUCGGAGACAUGAAAGUACAACCAAGAAUACACAAUUUCGAGUUCACCGACCAAGAAAACGAAAGUCCUUAUUUACCUUUACCUUUACCUGAUACGGCAGAGUGCAAUAGACUUCUUGCUGCGAGAGCUAUUAGUUUCAGACUAAUAAUGUUCCUGGCAUCCAAGUAGUUGGACACAACAAUUGCUGUUGUUAAGAUUUCAUGGAAGAUGAAUAAUAAUUGACACAACUUUUUAGAUUUAACAGCGAUAAGAACAUAGAAUCACACCGAGGUUUAUAAUCGAUUAUUAGUAGCGUUUAACCGUAACGAUAAAUAAGGAUAAAAGAUGCUAAUUCUGCUGUAGUCUAUACACAUAUUACAUUGAAAAGUGGUACACCGUGUCGAUACCCGCGAAUAGCAUAACACGAAAGGUGUAGCAAAGUACAUUACGCAAACACUUGGUGAAACGUGCAAAUAUUCAAUUUCGUUUCAAUUUCAUCCGGGAAAUCCUUUUGUUGGUUCUUUCAAUUCA